AUAUAACCAUAACCUUAAUCAAUGUUUACAAAACAACGUAAUACUAAUCGAUCUUUACAUUUCACGACGGAUGUGUUUUCGGUUAAGUAGUGUCUUUCUUGGUAGGUUUGAUUUAGUUUAAAGAUAUCGUUGCAAGAAAAACAAAUCUAUAACUCGGUUUUAACAGUAAGGCUUAUUUUCAUCAUACCUUUCGUGCAGUAGAAACAGGACAAAAUGAACAAAAGGAAAGGUCCGAAAGGUGUCACAGCCGUGCCCGCAAAGAAACAUUUAAAGAAACAAGAUGGACCACAAAGCAGUGAAAGAGGAAUUCAACAGGACGACAAUUACAAGGAUUUCAUGGGAUGGGUCACCGACGGCGGGCUCAGACAUGCGUAUGCGAUGUACCAUGACACAGGAGUAAACCUUUACCGGAAGAAAGUGGAUAAAGAUCAUCAACGUCACGUGAUAAUUGUUGGCGCGGGAAUGGCAGGCCUGUCUGCAGCGUAUGAAUUGGCUCAAAUUGGUCACAAGGUAACAAUACUAGAGGUACAGUCCCGUGUUGGAGGUCGCGUGAAGACAAUUAGAGAAGGUUUUACUGAAGGUCUUCAUUCUGAAGCUGGGGCGAUGCGACUUCCUCCGAAUCAUUACCUGACUUGGCACUACCUAAAUUUGUUCGAUGUAGAGACAGUACCUUUCCAGAAUUACAACGAAAAUGGAUACCUAUGCUUGUAUGGAGAAAAGAUAAGGAUGCAUGAUUGGAAGAAAAACAACAAAAUGUAUAGUGACAAAUUCUGGCCAGGCUGGGACGAUAAUCUAACUGAGGAGGACAAAGCAAAAUAUAAGAUUGAUGGAAUACUUAAAUACUACGAUGCAACAAUGAAACCGAUUAAAGAUGAACUAGGACCCUCUCCAUCAGAGAAGAAAUGGCAUGAUUGGCUGCAUAAAUGGAGUAAGCUUUCGACAGAAGAUUUCUUAAGAGGGUUAUGUGCCGAUGAAAUGAAGUGUUCUCCGCUUACUCCAUGGACAGAGCAAGCCAUUGAAUGCUUCAAGGUUUCUACAUAUACACCAACACUUGGGACGGACAUAGCAACACAUCUUUGAGAGGAUCUUGGAAAAUGGUGGCAAGAUCCUCUCAAAACACCUAAGCUUGGAAUGGACACCCUGCCGAAAGCGUUCACUAAAAAGAAUGAAAAUGGCUGGAACCCGUCUGUCGAUCUCUCGAAACACAUCAAGUUUGGAAUCAUGGUAACAAAGGUGGAAAACGUUGAACAUGUUAAGGACAAGAAAGCCAAGAUGGUCAAGGUUACUGGAGAAAGCACAAGUACGGGACACAAGGAAACAUUUGAAGGUGAUGCCGUUAUUCUGACAUUACCGCUACAAAUCCUGCGACAGCUCGAUAUACCGUUCAGCAUUGAAAAACAAAAAGCCAUUUCGCAAAUUUCGUAUGCUGCCUCUACAAAGAUAAUGCUGCAAUGCAAGAAAAGAUUCUGGCAGAAAGACGUAGGUCAUGGAGGUUUCAGCAAAACUGACAUGAUGAUCGGACAGUUACAUUACCCGGAUUACGACAGCUCCGGAAUUGGAGACAACGAAAGAGGAGUGCUGAUGGUAUAUACUUGGCAAGACAAUGCGUUGACGUAUGGUUCACAACCGAAAGAUCUUGCUAUUCGCAGUGCCGUACAUGACAUAAGCAAGAUCCAUCCCGAAAUAAAGCACGAAUUUGAGGUUGGAACCGUUCAGGCAUGGUAUAGCGAUCCCACAUCCCAAGGUGCUUUCGCGAAUUUAAAGCCCUAUGAGUACAUAAAUCAUAUGAAUAGCCUGACAAAACCGACAGAAACCGUAUACUUAGCUGGAGAGGCACUGUCCUGGUCAAAUGGUUGGAUUCAGGGAGCUAUAUUCUCCGGGCUAAUGCAAGCCUACUGUUUCCAGUCGCAUCAAGAGGACAAAGAAAUUGUCACGCCUGUAUAUCUAAUGCUUGGAAAGAAAUAGAUGACUCAUUAGCAGACAAUCAGACUUUAGUUUCAUUAUGAUAUAUAUUAAGUUAUGCCAUUCUGCUUUGAAAUACUUAUGACCCCGACUACAAACUCUACCUACAGUUGUAAGCUUUAAUGUAUUGGAUCUGUAUUAGUGUACCUACUUUUGAAGAGUAUUCUAUACUCAAUAAGCCUACUUUAACUUACAUUGUUUUCCGUAUUUUCCUUUUCUUCUAGCACGUUUUUUUUACUUUUAUCGAGACUUAUUAUUGAUUUGUUGUACAAAAGUGAUUUGUUUUCAUUUGAUAAGUGAUUUCUUGUUGUUAAAAGUUAAUAUUCCUCUGAAAUAGAUUGGGGCAGAGUUAGAAAUCUUUGAAAAUACUGAGUUAUAUGCAGAAAAAGUUCUCUAUUUUGCCUUUACUCUAUAGAUUACAUAUUGUGGAAAAAUGUAGCUAGGUUUAACCUCUGCCAAGCUUAAUUUUGAACGAAAUCUUUUUACUUGAGACAUUCUUGAAAAAGAAAGAAAUGGACACAGUUGUAUUUUGUGUUUUAUAAUUGUUUACCAAUAGUUUGACGUUUCUUUUAUCAAACUUAAUGUUUAAUUAAUUCUCUGCAAGCGUUUUGGAGAGUGGUCAUUACUUUACAAUUUGCCUGUACUUGAGCUUGAGGAAAUAUUGUAAAUUAUACAAAAUUUAUAAAAGAAGCCGACACAGUAAAAGUUGUUUAAAAUUGCAACACAGUGCGAAACAAGAAUUAUGCCAAGCGAAUGCCAAUUUUUAACAUUUCUAUUAGGGGUCUAAUACCUUAAGUCCAAUUUCGAUUAUCUCGAAGUACAACGUUCGUACCUCUCGAAUGAGAGCUACAGAGAUUCAAUAUAUGUGUAUCUAUAGAAAUGCAAAUCGCGUGUUUUUUGUCCGUGCAUUGUAAUGACAGCUUCAAUAGGUUUUAAUUUUCUUGUGUACAUUUCUAAAUGCAUUAACGCGAUGUAAUUGGAAAAAAAAAUUGUAUUUAAUUGAUAAUAUUGUCAAAGGUAAAAGGUAGGAGUAAACUAGCCAAUCACACGAGCCUGUCUAUAAUAUAUGCAUAUAUUUAAAACUUUGAAAGGGCAUACAUUUUAUGUAUAACAGUCACAAACCCGCCCACUCCAUAAAAUUGUAUCUGGAAGAUAAAAGUUAGUGUUUAUGCUAGGGCAUCGGAAAAGAUGAAACAACCUACUGACUGAAAAUAUAUCAGGUCUACUUUGAAAGUCCUAAUAUUUGAAUGAAAAGAACAAUUAUUUUUCAAGCACAUUUGCCAUUCAAGCUUGUGCACAAGCGUGUAUGAAAUAGUAUUUUUUGUUGCAUAAUAAAAAAACCUUGUUCUUCUUUUGAGAUAACAUAAACUAGAUGCUUGCAUUUUAUACUCAUAAAUGACAAUCUUGUGCUGUAUUCUGGUUCUGGGAAAGGCUUUUUAGGGUGUGCUUUUUUUCUGUCUGACUUUAUUUUUUCUUCGCGUGUUUUCUUUAUUUAAUGUAGGGGUUUGGGGAUUAUGUAAAUAUAAAGCUACUUUAUUUGACUGUUGGCUAGACAUGUCUAGUUCCGAAUACACUUGUACACGAGAAGGUGUUACGACACUGCAUCAAGCCCGCUCGCUUAAAUCAAUAGGGAGGGCCCAGAGCUACAAAUCACGAGGUCAUCAGUCCGAUCCCCGGACGGGGCGUAUAUGGUCCCCGUGAUGAUUUGAUAAAAGACAAUGUGUCCAAAAUUAUUCGCCCUCCACUUUAGGUUAUGUGGUAAAGUUGGCAGUUACUUGCGGAACAGAUUUGUACUGGUACAGAAUUCAGCAACACUGGUUAAGUUAACUGCCUGCCGUUACAUAACUGAAAUAUUGCGUUAACCCCUCCCCCCCCCCCCCCCCCCCCCAACCCCCACCCAAAAAAAAAAACAGUAUCAUCAGUACAGAAUUAUUACAAAAUUGCACCUUCUGCAAAUUUGGAAAGUGGUAACAAAAUUAGUUACAAUGAUUUCAGAACAUUUGUUCCAAAUGUAUUUUAAGGUACUGUUACAAACAUGCUAGAACAAUCGAAGUUAAAUGGAGUUAGAGGAGACAGAUGCCUAUUUACUACGUUUGCAUGCCUUUAUUUAUAAUCUUUUGUACGAAAAUAUGCUAAAUGAUUGAUCUACGUUUUAUUCUCUCUGUCACUAAUCUACAGAAUAGAAAAGCCGUACUGUCUGUUUAAUAAGAAAUCCCAAUAAGUACUUGAUUGCAUUGCAAAUUUUUUGACAUUUUUAUUUGUAUUGGUCAGUUAAUGUCGCUGAGUGUCUUUGUUCCAUGAGUAUAUAGUAAACCGCUGUACAAUUUG